AUGGCAAUCAAAAAGUUUAAACCCUCCGCCGGUAAACACCAUAAGAAAAGACGGUAUCCACCACUGGGUCCGAAGAAAGAUUUGAAGAAGAAGAAGGAGAAGAAGCCUAAGAAGUCGAAAGCUCCUGACUUUGAUAAGGCCGUUGAGAAGACUAAAAGAGACGAUCAGAGAAGCGAGAGUGACGGCGAUGAGCAGCAACCGGAUUCACAACCGAUAUCAUCUUCUGAGCAGCUUACCUACUUCUUCAAACACCUUGAAUCCGCCAUUGGUGUCCGGGUCUCUUCUUUAGAGCUCGAACCCAUUAAAGAUAAGUGUGUGAUUGAGCUAGCUCAAGAAUUGGAACAAGAUGUAAGCAACUUGGGAGAGCAUAUAAAGAUGUCUUAUGGGUCUUCAUGGAGAGAGAUUCUCUGUGAAGGAGAGGCAAUUGAAGGGAAAGUUAAUCCUGGAAACCCAUCUGUUCUUGUCAUUAGUUCCUCUGCUCUGAGAUCUUUGGAACUUCUAAGGGGUUUGAAUUCGUUGACUAAGCAAUGUCCAGCAGUGAAGUUGUUCUCAAAGCAUUUGAAGGUUGAGGAACAGGUCUCUCUGUUGAAAAAACGGGUUAAUAUUGGGAGUGGCACACCAAGCAGAAUCAAAAAGCUAAUCGACAUAGAUGCAUUAGGGCUUUCACGUUUAGAUACGAUUGUGCUUGACAUGCACACUGAUAUCAAGGGAUUUUCUUUGUUCACACUGCCCCAAGUCAGAGAUGAGUUUUGGGAUUUGUACAAGAACUGCUUCCACCAGAGAGUGUUGGAAGGAAGUCUACGUAUCUGUCUGUAUGGUCCAAAGCCAUCAGCUACAAAGCUUAAGAACAAAAAGAAACAGAGAUAA